AUGCUUCCGCGGCACGCACCCGCGCGCGGAGGCGGCGGCGGCGGGCGCUGCGCGGGCGGGCGCAAAGGCACGCCGGGAGUUGUAUGGCGCGCGCGCCGGGAGCGGCGUGGGCGAGGCGGGCGGGCGCGGGCGCCCGGCGGCGGCCUCCCGGUGCCUCGGGUCGUGGUGCGUCGUAGAGGAAGCGCGAGCGGCGGGAGCGGCACCGCAGCUGCAACCGGCCUCGGCCGGCCCCGCGCAGCCAUGGUCGGGGCUCCUGGGGAAGCUGUUUCGGGACGGGCGCCGGCGGGAAGGGGCGGCGGGAAGGGCCCUUCCCCGCAGGAGGCGAUCCAGCGACUCCGCGACACGGAGGAGAUGCUGAGCAAGAAGCAGGAGUUCCUGGAGAAGAAGAUCGAGCAGGAGCUGGCGGCCGCCCGCAAGCACGGCACCAAGAACAAGCGCGCUGCCCUUCAGGCCCUGAAGCGUAAGAAGAGGUACGAGAAGCAGCUGGCACAGAUCGAUGGCACGUUAUCAACAAUUGAGUUCCAGAGGGAAGCCCUGGAGAAUGCCAACACCAACACUGAAGUGCUUAAGAACAUGGGUUUUGCUGCUAAAGCCAUGAAGGCUGCUCAUGACAACAUGGAUAUUGAUAAAGUAGAUGAAUUAAUGCAGGACAUUGCAGAACAGCAGGAGCUGGCAGAUGAGAUUUCAACAGCCAUCUCAAAGCCAGUAGGAUUUGGGGAGGAAUUCGAUGAGGAUGAGCUCAUGGCAGAACUAGAGGAACUAGAACAAGAAGAACUAGACAAAAACUUGCUGGAAAUCAGUGGUCCGGAGACAGUACCACUACCAAACGUGCCCUCAAUAUCGAUACCCUCCAAGCCAGCCAAGAAGAAAGAGGAGGAAGAGGACGACGACAUGAAAGAGCUGGAAGCUUGGGCAGGAACCAUGUAACCACAGCAGUAACUGCCUGGAAAAAAAAGACUUUGAUUACCUAUUCUGGGUACAAAUGUGUUGUGUUGAGGAGAAAGCAUAAGCAAAAUGUCUUUAUCUUUUAAUUUUAACCCAGAGCAGUGGGAACUGCAUUGCUGUUUUCUGCAUAGCAUGGUCUGCACAGAGGAAAGAAGGGGGAGCAGGGGGAGUUGCCUGCAGUCGAUACGGUUGAAUUUCUGUACAAAGGUCUUUGCAAAAUUCAAACAUUCAGCUUUUGGACUGUGCUACUGCCACUGCUGGAUCUUCAAUUUGGGCCAUAUUGAAUCGAAAUAAGCUGAAUAAUAAAAAAACAAAACACUCUCUGUAAUUUUAAGUCAGUCUAAAUGUGUCUAGAAGUCUUGUAAGGCAUUUAAAAACCAGGAAAAGUCCUAAAGCCACCGUUGGCUUCUUAUUGUGUUUUAGGUGCAAGAAUGCUUUAGGUUUUUAGUUUUUGCCAGUUAUAUUUAUAUCCCUUGACUGAUGUGUGGCCAAGGCUUGUGUUUGUCACCGCCAACGAUGUAGUCACUGUUCCCAUUUUAAUUGGUGAUGAUGAUUUGCAAUUGAUAAACGCUCUGUUGGACAUAGGGAAGAUCUCAAGUUCAGUUGUACAUUUUUCUACAUAGCACUACAAUGUUUAUUGCUUUUUUUUUUUUGUGAUAAUUGAUAACCCAUUCAGAUACAUGCACACAAUUAUUUUAAUUAAGAAACUACUAUGGAUUGCACUGUAUUAAAUAUCUCGAUUAAUUUUCA